GCAAGUGGUGGGUGGAGCUUCCGCUGCCGACCGGUCUGCCCUUUGAGGAGCCUCAGAUCGGAGACGUGUGAAGGGGCGGGGUUUCUUGCCCGUCGGGUCGGGAUCCGGGCUGGCUGACAGACCCGCGAUGGCGCCCCGGCGGCUGCUGCUGUGGCUGCUGGCGGUGCAGAGCUCCCUCUAUACCGCCGUGGUCGUCGGGGCGGAGGCGGACGCGGGUGCCCCGCUGCCCGCCGAUGUGCUGCUGGCGGCCGGCGCGGAGUCGUACGCGCGGGGGGACUGGGGCGCCGUCAUCCUGCAGAUGGAGCGGGCGCUGCGAAAUCGCGAGGCUCACCGGGAGCGCCUGAUCCGCUGCCGCCUGCUCUGCUCCGAUGCCAACCGCACCGACGGCGCCUGGCCCGACCCGCCUCCUCAGCCCGCGGGCGACCGGCAGCGGCGCCGCCAGCUCGACGACCUCCGCUUCUUCCAGCAACUCCUCCGCCGCGCCGCCUGCCUCCGCCGGUGCCUCCCCGCUGGCGUCUCCCGGUACCUGCUGGGGGAAGAGGCCGAGCUGGAGUUCAGCAAGCGCAGCCCCUACAACUACCUCCAAGUGGCUUAUUUCAAGAUCAACAAGCUGGACAAGGCAGUGGCUGCAGCCCACACCUUCUUUGUGGCCAAUCCCGACCACAUGGAGAUGAGACAGAACCUAGAAUACUACCAGAUGAUGGCCGGUGUGAAGGAGUCAGACUUCGUUGACUUAGAAGCCAAGCUGCAUAUGCAAGAAUUCCGCCUAGGUGUAAGUUAUUACACAGAGGAGCAACCCCAAGCGGCUGUUGUGCACCUGGAAAAGGCGCUUGAAGAAUACUGGGUCGCUGACGCGGAGUGCCGAUCCCUCUGCGAAGGGCCAUACGAUUAUGAAGGCUACAAUUACUUGGAAUACAACGCAGACCUUUACCAAGCCAUCGUUGAUCACUACUUGCAAGUCUUGAGUUGCAAGCAAGCGUGCACAACAGAACUGGCUGCUGAGCCUGGCCGGGAGAAGCCGCUGGUGGAUUUCCUCCCGUCCCAUUUCAACUACCUGCAGUUUGCCUACUACAACAGUGGCAACUAUGAGAAAGCCAUUGAAUGCGCCAAAACCUAUUUGCUGUUCUUCCCCGAUGACGAAGUGAUGGCACAGAACCUGGCCUAUUACACGGCUGUCCUUGGAGAACACCUGGCCGGGCCCCUGCAGCCCAGAGAGAAUGUCCGGGCUUACCGGCAGCGCAGCCUCCUGGAGAAAGAGUUGCUCUUCUUUGGCUAUGACGUUUUUGGGAUUCCUUUCGUGGACCCGGACACGUGGACCCCAGAGGCGGUGAUUCCCAAGAGACUGAGAGAAAAACAGAAGGUGGAGCGUGAGACAGCAGCCCGCAUCACGGAAGAGAUCGGCAACCUCAUGAAGGAAAUCGAGACGUUGGUGGAGGAGAAAACCAAGGAUUCUACGGAUAUGAGCCAUCUCGUGCGGGAAGGAGGCCCCUUGGUGUUUGACGGACUUGGCGUCACCAUGAAUUCAAAGGCACUGAACGGCUCGCAGCGAGUGGUGGUUGAUGGCGUCAUCUCGGACGAGGAGUGUAGGCAGCUGCAAAGACUAACGAACGCAGCUGCUUCCGCCGGGGACGGCUAUCGUGGGAAGACCUCCCCUCACACGCCCAGUGAGACCUUUUAUGGUGUUACCGUCUAUAAAGCCCUCAAGCUAGGACAGGAAGGCAAAGUGCCAAUGCAGGGCGCAUACCUCUAUUACAACGUGACCGAGAAGGUCCGUCGCGUGAUGGAGUCGUACUUCCGCCUAGACAUGCCGCUUCACUUCUCGUAUUCUCACCUGGUAUGCCGGACCGCCAUAGACGAGAAGCAGGAGGAUCGGAUGGAUCCCAGCCACCCCGUGCAUGUGGACAACUGCAUCCUCAAUGCAGAAGCCCUGGAGUGUGUCAAGGAACCACCAGCGUACACCUUUCGAGAUUACAGCGCUAUUCUCUAUUUAAAUGGGGACUUUGAGGGCGGAACCUUUUACUUCACUGAGCUGGACGCCAAAACAAUAACGGCUGAAGUGCAGCCCCUGUGUGGCCGGGCAGUGGGGUUCUCUUCAGGCUCUGAAAAUCCUCAUGGAGUCAAAGCGGUCACUAAGGGUCAGCGCUGCGCCAUUGCCUUGUGGUUCACCCUGGACCCUCGCCACAGCGAACGGGACCGGAAGUAAGUAUUUUAUGUCAGGCCUGACCUGCAAGUCGCGCCGUAAUAGCUGUUUCCAAUACGAGGAAGCGAGCGGAACUACCUCCUGAGCAGGUGAAAGCACCGGAAGGCACCCCUCUCGAAGGACCAACAGGAGCUUCACAGCCAGGCCCCGGGAAAGACGAACUGUAGUUCUCUGCCGCCUCUAACAGUAUCCGGCUGGGUUUGAUCCAGGGUUUGAUCCAAGGAGGACCAGGGCAUUUGGAACCGCUGUGGACAGCAUUCUGUGGAUGGGGGCCCUCUUUUGGCAUACAAAACAGAUGGACUGUAGCCGCCUCCCAAGGAACAGGAGCAGGGUGCUUCUCUGGCCCCUGCUGAAAUACUUGGGAACAGGACUCAGGAGAAGAGAACAUUUUCUGUUGCCUUUCUCUCCCUUGCAACAGGAUACAUCUCCCCCAUCCCCCACAAGUGCCUUAUCUUGUCCCUAAGCAAAACCCUUCAACACAGCUCCUUCCCCACCAAAGUGUCUUCAGGGCUGGGAUGAACCCCGGCUUCUACACAAAGAGCAGUAGCCAUAGAUAGAGCCACGCCAGUUACCUGCUACCAGAUGCAGAGUUGGAAAAGGGGAGCAGAUGAAGGUCUUGUGCUUGGAUCAGAGUUCUAAUCUCGGCUCAGCUAUGAUGAAGCCUACCUCCCAGGGCUGUUGUGAGGAUAAAGUGGGAUACCCGACACCUACUGCCUGAGCUCCAUGGGAAAGAAAUGUAAUCAGAUAAGGGGACUGCCACUGUCUGUUACCUUUCGUGUUGGUAAAUUAAAACAAACCAGUUGUUUUGAAUAA